AUCCCGUGACGCGACUUGGUGACAUUUCUGACAUCUUCCCCUCAUUCUCUGCGAGGUAAUUCAUUCUGAGGACGUUUCCGUCCUCUCAAAUACCAAAGGAAUCGUCCGAUAACACACAGACUGUUUCAGUCGGUGGAAGCUGUGUAUCAAUGUACAGAAUGACCAGCUAUACCACUACCACCACCAAAUCCCACAGUACAAAAUACAAAUACGCCACAGUUCAGGUACAUGUAGUGUAUAGACCACGCGACAUCACCAACACCAAAGCCAACACCAAAGUCAACAAGCAAGAACUUCCUUUGCUUCCUUCCUCUCGCCCCCGUAAAAGCUCCGACUCGAAGCACGGAAGCAAGUCCGAACGCAAGCAACAACAACAACAACAACAACAACAACAACAAAAACAAUCUCGUGACUAUGAGAUAAUCCCCUCGGAACCCAAACCACGCUAUUCGUCGGGCCCCAUCAUGUCAUAUUCAAGAUUCUUCUGUUCCUAUGCCCCAUCUCCUCCGCCAAAACCCAGCCACAGUUCGCAAAGUGGUCCACCGCGUAGAAAGAGGAGUGUGAGGUCUUCCAAGCCUUGCGAAGUGGAACCCGAGAAGAAGAAAAAGAAAAAGAAACGAUGCAGUAGUAGUAGUAGUACCCAUCAGCUUCGAGAUACAGCUCCUGGAGUGAGAUUUUCUCCGGUGGUUACUGUGAGGACUUAUCGAUGAGAGAAGG